AUAUCAGUUUUAUCGAAAUGGACACAUGAAGCUCUUCUGUAAAAAUAACUGUGACAACGAAGAAAACAUUUUGGUUAAAACUUCAGAAAAUGAGCAAUGUAAAGGAAGAUACUGCAUUAAAUAUGAGGACAAAGGUUUAUUGAAUCAUAUCAUGUACGUGAACAUCACCAAUGUGACCAGAGCUGACUCCGGACAAUACCAGUGUGUUGUGAAAAGAUCAUUUCCAUUGAGAGAUGGAAUCCAGGAAUUUAGAAUUGAAGUUACAAAAAAUGCAGCUUUAAAUCCAACUUAUACUCUUAAACCAGAACCUAAUGUGACUGUGAAACCCACCACUGAUAUGGACCUGACUGUACAAACAGGUGACCAGACUUCACGCAUGUCUGUGACUACAACACAACAUAGUUUAUCUCCGAAGCCACAGUCCAAUCACUCUUCUGCAUCACCUGAUCAUGAGCAGCAGACAAAACCAUCAGGAGUAUCACCGCUGUACGUGAGUCUGUCUCUCGUUGCUAUACUAAUCCUGUUACUAGCUGCUCUGCUGAUAUUCUACUGUAAGAAGAGAUCCAAAGCAUCUCCUGUGAUAACUACGGAAUAUGGGUCAACUCCUGUGACCCACAGAGUCUAUGAGGAGAUCCCAGACAACAGAGCUUCUCGUCCAGUGGAAAUGUCCACAGUUUAUGCUUCAGCCUCCUUCAGUGGACCACCUGAAGACCACACUUCAGAUGUCUACAGUCUGGCCACAACCCCAGGAGACCAGCACCAAGAGGAGGACUCUAUAGACAAAGUCACCUACACUGAAGUGGACUUUCCCAACAGCAAAAAUAUGUCAGAAAACGACGCUCCCCAGAGACAGGCUGAGGCAGUGCUGUACUCUGUAGUUCAGGUCCAAAAUGAGGAUUCCCUUUACUCCACAGUUUCUCGACCAGAGCAUUAAUACUGGUGGUACUUCUCACUGUAGAUAUCUCAAGUUAGCUGCACAAGAAAAUGUUUAUAAUUAUUUAUAUUUUUAAGAUUGACAUAUUUUCCGGGCUAUAGGGAACGCCAUUAAGCCUCCAACCCCAUCAAAAAAAGACUGCGCUCCCCACAAUCCAGAGCGCCCUAUACACGAAUCCGCUUGGGUGUCCCAGCACGACUUCGGUAAACUACAAAGCCGCACCACCCACAGCGCACACAAACACACAAACACACCCGCAGCCACACUCAUCACUCCACACUGAUGAGGAACGGAAUGGAGGAACGAACCGAAAAAGUGAGUGGAAUGUGCCACUCUGAGCCACAACUGAAUAACUGAGUCACUGCGAACACGCCGACAAUCCAGCGGUCCCAGACAGCGCCCUCCCUACAUGCCACAACUGAACAAAACCCAGAGUCACCGUGAACGCGCCAAACAAAGUCCCACUGACCCAUCCAGCUGUUGUGUUUCGUUUAAAGUCCGGUGCGGUUUAUUUGUGAAAAAAGUUUGAAAAUAGACCAUUUAAUAUUUAAUCCAGAUCGCCUAAUAGCCCGGAAAAUAUGGUACAUAUCUGAUAUUGAAUGGUUUUAAUAGUGUUCACCAUGGCAGCACGUUAUGUAACUUAUAUUGUUUUAUAUAGUUUAUUAGCACCUUAAAAUUAUGCUUUUUGUCAUUUUUACCCAGGUUCAUGGUUUAAUUUUCAUUCUAUAAGAGCGUUAAUAAUAACCAGCCACACCACUUCCUCUCGGGUUGACGGAAAGGGGGUUUGGACGCACAACACCGGCCCACUUCCUCUGUGUAAAUCCCUCGAGUCUAAUCUGUUGGGGGAUGUCAUAUCCUGUGUGCGAGAGGCUUUUGUGGUUUUUAGCAGAGGCGACUGUAGUUGGCAGUAGCUGUGUGCUCUGGAAAUCAGGCUCUGUUGUAUUUUGCUUCUGUGAAAUGAACAGUACGAUGUGCGUUUCUGCUACACAAAGUUCUUCGAAUACCAUAAGUUUACUUUAGUUUUGCUCUGUCCCCUCAACACACUCAGUCCCCUAUGUUCACAUUCAGUUUAAUUUACCCUAACAUAAAAAAAAAAAAAAAAAAAAUUACAACAAUAAAAAAGAAGAAAAAAACAUGGACAGACAUAGUGAAGAUACUAAAGACUGAUGUGUUGUGACUGUUUUUCAUUUACUUAAACAUUUAAACGUGCUGCUAUUCUAUUCAUUCAUUGUAAUAACACAUCUUUAUGUCACUAAUUGGCAUGUGAAGUUAUCCUGAUCGGUGAUUUUGGGAAACUUAUUUUUCCUAAUGUCGGAGGCUUGGGGCCAAAAUUUACAACAGGGCUUAAGAGGCCAUCUUUCUGCACGUGUCUGAGACUUCAGGCCACAGUUAAAUGCAGGAGAAAUGUCUCAUCUGGUCAAGAGGGAUUACAUGUCCAUGUGAUUUUAGCACCGCUUCAGUUUGUUAAAAGUAGCUUUCCAUUUGUAUCAUUAAUGCCUGGAAUAUAAACACCACCCAACAAUAACACAAUCAGACAUGCAAACUUGUCGCUAAUCGGCUUUUUCUUGGUCAUUUGGGUCAUUCACGUGAAUCGCAUUGAACCACAGCGGGUUUUUUUGGAGGGGGGCAUUGCUCUAGUUUGGAAUUAAAUUAUUUUCGAGUUUCUGAAUUAAGGAUUACAUGGAACACAUGUUAAACUGGCUUCUGCUCAACGUCUGAGGGUGGAGAAGAGUUCUGAUUGGACAGGGACACGAACGUAUUUAUGUCGACCGGACCGGAUUCAUUAGUGAAUAAUACAAGUGCAAUCUGAAAACGUAUAAAAUCAGUGCCAGAGAACAACCAAUCCCUUUAUUCCGAGUCUCCAUGCUUUACUUGAAAUAAUUUUCCAAGACUUUAACAGAGCAGUCUUUUUUUUUUUUUUUUUUGUUGUACUCUGGUGAUGACUGAAAUACAAGCAUAACAAGACACCAAGGCAAAGACAAUAAUUAUGUUCACAUAUAAACAUACAUUGUGUCAUUGCAUUGUAUAUUUAGACACAGGCCUAGAGAUCAUCAUAUAGAGAACUCAAAUUACAUAGAAAAAAUUGUAGUAAACGCUUAAUGGUAGUCAGAUUGUUUUUCUUGUUGGGUACAGGCCCUUUAUGUCACAUUUU